GCAACAUUUAGGCUACAAAGACAGAAUUAACAUAGCUGGUAGUUUAGAGGUGACUACAUUUCCCAUCAGCCCUGUGAUGCGCAUCAAUUUUCCUUUUUUCAGUGCAGUUUUCUUGGUUUGCAGCUGGAUCAGCUGGAUGAACGCGCGACUGCGCAGCAGUAAUAGUUUUAUGGCAGAAAAGCGGUGAUUUUUAUUGCGAAUUUUUCUUUAAAACCCGCUGGAUUAAGCGCCUGAUUUGUCAUCCAAAUUACCACAUAAAAUUAUUAUUUUUUUCUUCUUUUCAAAUGUUUAUGUUCUUAUACUGACGGGAGCGUGUGAGCGCAGCAUCAGACUGGGUUUACAGUUGGACAGACGAGCCUCCAGUGCCAACGCCUUUUCCCCUUUCUCCGCUUCUCCUCGGCUGGGAAACUUCCGCUCACACCGACCCAAGGGGCUGUUUGACGGCGUUUCCCUUCAACUCAUGAUCUGCUGAAACUACAGUCCGACGCUAAAGAAGUAGUUAGAGAGUGAAAAUGGGCUGCACGAUCAGCGCCGAGGACAAAGCUGCAGUGGAGAGGAGUAAAAUGAUUGAUAAAAAUCUGCGGGACGACAGAGAGAAAUCCUCCAAAGAAGUGAAACUGCUUCUGCUCGGUGCUGGGGAAUCGGGGAAAAGCACAAUAGUAAAGCAGAUGAAAAUCAUUCAUGAAGAUGGCUACUCAGAAGAGGAGUGCAAGCAGUACAAAGUGGUGGUGUACAGCAACACCAUCCAGUCCAUCAUGGCCAUCAUCAGGGCAAUGGGCCGGUUAAAGAUAGAUUUUACAGAUGCUGCACGGGCGGACGAUGCCCGCCAGCUGUUUGCCCUGGCGAGCUCAGCGGAGGAAGGGGAGUUGUCGGCAGAGCUGGCCAGCAUAAUUCGGAGGCUGUGGAACGACGCGGGAGCUCAGGCGUGCUUCGAUCGAUCACGAGAGUAUCAGCUCAAUGACUCUGCUGCAUACUACCUGAAUGACUUGGAGAGGAUCUGUCAGCCGAACUAUGUCCCGACUCAGCAGGAUGUGCUGCGUACACGUGUGAAGACCACUGGCAUCGUGGAAACUCACUUCACCUUCAAAAAUCUUUACUUCAAGAUGUUUGAUGUCGGUGGUCAGCGUUCGGAGAGGAAGAAGUGGAUCCAUUGUUUUGAGGGAGUCACAAGUAUCAUUUUCUGCGUAGCGCUCAGUGAUUACGACCUCGUCUUGGCUGAGGAUGAGGAGAUGAACCGGAUGCAUGAGAGCAUGAAGCUUUUCGACUCCAUCUGCAACAAUAAGUGGUUCACGCUCACCUCCAUCAUCCUCUUCCUCAACAAGAAGGACUUGUUUGAGGAGAAGAUCACCAGGAGUCCCCUCACUAUCUGCUACCCAGGAUACACUGGUGGGCAGUCAUACGAAGAGACCUCAGCUUAUAUCCAGUGCCAGUUUGAAGACUUAAAUAAACGAAAAGACACCAAGGAGGUCUACACCCACUUCACUUGUGCCACAGACACCAAGAAUGUGCAGUUUGUGUUCGAUGCCGUCACCGACGUCAUCAUCAAGAUAAACCUGAGGGAGAUUGGUCUGUACUAACGCUUCAGGCCCUACAGGUGUCAGGAUCAGGACUUCUGGGCUGGUAUGUCUUGUCUGCAGAGGGCGCAUUGGAAAGUAGGUGUUUCUAAGGACUGAGCUGGUGGCCGUGCUGCAUGCAGGACCUAAAUUCCACAAUUUGAGGACUCGAUUCUAUGAUCACUUUUGUCUUAAUAGAUUUUAUGAUGCAGAGCUUACUGGGAGGAAGCAAUAAGUCGGGGAGGCUUGUGAAAUGAUCACUGAGUUCUGUGGAGUCCUGUAUUUAAGACCUUUGCAUCGCUCAGGGGCUGGCAGGUAAAGCUCCUCUGACACAAUUAUAGUUUGUCUGUCAUAUGUACAAAGACCAAAACAGACUGCCUGUUUAUCAAAUCCAUCAUUACAUUUCACAGUUUCACAGCUGACUUGUAAAUUCUGUUCACUGUUAUUGUGUUGCAUCUUCUCUUAGAUUAAGUCUGUGUCACAUCGCUUUUAUUAAAUAUUUUGCAAUUGUUAUAUUUUAUUUUAAUUUGCAGUUGCAAUCAUAUAGUAAUUUUACUUUUGUGGAUGUGUGAAUGCCAUAGCUUAUGUAUGGAGAAUAAUUUUGUGUGAACAGUUUUGAUGUAACGUAACCUUUUGGGCCUGGGAUUAGUUUGUGAAAGUUGAAUGAACGCAAUAGCAACACCGCUGUCUACAUAGAUAUUUUAAUAAACUAGACAACAUUG